AUGGCGUUGAGCUAUGCAAGGGGGCUCAUUAUCCAACUGUCCAGAGUCGCCGCUGCAUCCACCGAGGAUGUGAAUGAGACCAUCAAGCACGCACAGAUCGCCCACGAGACUGGUGUCUGGUCGAAGAUGCCUGCUGUUACGCGGUCGAAGGUCCUGUCGAAGCUAGCCCGCAUUCUCGAGUCGAGGAUACAAGAGAUCGCGGAGAUAGAGACGCGUCAAACAGGCCGUGCAUUGCGCGAGAUGAAGGCGCAGCUGGGUCGUUUGCCGGACUGGCUAGAUUACUAUGCUGCUUUACUGCGAACGAAUCACGCCUAUGUCGCGCCUACCCAGGGCAAGCUAAUCAAUUACGUCCAGCGCGUCCCUCUCGGGGUAGUCGCCCAAAUUACUCCAUUCAACCACCCACUCCUUAUUGCUGUCAAGAAGAUUGCGCCAGCUCUCGCGGCAGGGAACUGUGUCAUCGUCAAACCCUCCGAGCUGGCACCCAUCAGCGUCCUUGAAUUUGCGAAGAUGGCAGAGUCAGCAGGAGUGCCCCCUGGCGUGCUCAGCGUUCUCCCGGGCUUCGGACCAACGACUGGGAAAACUCUUGUUAGCCAUCCGUUAAUUAGGAAAGUCGACAUUACGGCCGGUACAGCGACAGGAAGAGCUAUCGGCAGCAUUGUCGGCGCAAAUCUGGCGAGCUAUACGGCUGAGCUUGGUGGCAAGGCUCCCAUAGUCGUUUUCAACGACGCCGACCUCGACUCCGCCGUGAAUGGCGCGGCCUUCGCAUGCUUCGUCGCAUCCGGACAAACUUGCGUCUCUGGGACGCGACUCAUCGUACAAGAUGGUAUUUACCUGACGUUCAUGGCCAAAUUUCUGGAGAAAGUCGAGGGCAUACGGGCGAGGAUGGGCGAUCCAUUAAACCCCAAAUCCACAAUGGGCACCGUCAUCUCAAUGCGCCAGCUCGAGAAGAUUGAGGCAAUGAUGUCGAGGAGCAAGGGUGCUGUGUUAGCAGGCGGGAAGCGCUUGGAAGGGAAGUCGGAACUGGAUGGCUAUGACUUUUCGAAGGGCGCGUUCUUCCCACCGACGGUCGUCGCGGAUGUGGGUGUUGAGGACGAGUUGUGGCAGGAAGAGGUCUUUGGGCCAGUUGUUGUCGUGAAGAACUUCCAGACGGAAGACGAGGGCGUGCGGCUGGCGAAUAACUGCAAAUAUGGACUGGGCGCAGGCAUUUGGACGCAGGAUCUCUCCAGAGCGCAUCGUGUCUCCGCCGAGAUGGAGGCAGGGCUCACCUGGGUGAACACGCAUCACCGAAACGACCCAAGCUCUCCGUGGGGUGGCAUGAAGGAGAGCGGGAUAGGAAGGGAGAACGGCCUAGAAGCCUUUGCAGCCUACACGCAAAGCAAGUCAACUAUCGUCAACAUCGCGUCGGCGGAGGAGACUCGGGAAGUAGACGACUGGUUUGCGGAAACGUCAGAGGGGAAGCGUUACGGUUGA